AUGGUCCCAAGCUUCCAAACUGGUUGCCAAAGUGUCCCUAUGUGGGGCUGCAUUGCUCACGGCAAGAAGGGCCCAUUGAUUUGGCUCGAACUAUUGCCUUGCAUUGCUGGAAAGAAGGGCCGCUCAAGAGGCAGGGGCUCACCUCAGCAGGAGUUUUUGGAUGAAUUAGAGGCUGAGCGGGGUCACAAGAUCCUCAUCGUCGAGGAUGGAGCACCGUCGCAUAAGGGUCCACAAGCACGGGAGGCCCGGGCAGCACUGGUGCCUGGAGCUCGGAGAAAUGCUGACAAGCUUUGGAAAGUGGCCAAGCGGGUUUGGGAUGAACUUACAGUGGAGGAUAUCAACAAACACACGGGGCAGAUGGAUGCCUGGGUUCAAGCUAUCAAAGAAGCUGAAGGGGGGCCUACUGAGUUCUAG